ACAGAGAUGAUAUAUUAAGGGUGUGUGUGUGUGUUUGUGUAUGCAUAUAAGUUAAAAUAUAUGCUGCACAAGAGGAGUGAGUGCUUUUGGUAGCAAUAAACCUCCUUGUAUCCCCUUUCCAUAAAUUGUCAAUUCUUUCCAAGAUCCCUUCUAUACCUUCACAAUACCACAACCAUGGAAACUUCUCACCCUCUUUCUAUUGAAAGCUUCUCAUACAGUUGGUUAGUAAACCUGAGGCCACCAUCACUAGAAAGCCUUGAAGCCUCUCUUAGGACUUCCCUUGAUGCAUCUGAUGAAGCUUCUUUCAUUGAGAUGGACCCAAGAAAACCACCCUCCAAGAGAUUCUUUAAGAACUCACAGGACUCCAAAUUUGACUUCCCAAUUUCACAGUCCCCUCUUACCCUUGUCCAUGCAGAUGAACUUUUUUCCAAUGGCUACCUCAUGCCCCUUUUUGUUGAAUCACUGCAAAUGGAAGAAUAUGAGUUCUCUGAUUCCAACACAAGCCCGGUUUCAUCUUCACAUGCACCACAGAGUCAGGCUCCUACAUGCCCUUCUAGAUGCCUUUCCUUAAAAGGGUGCAGAACAUUAUCAAGGAGAGUCUUUCAGAAGUAUCUCAACUUCUUGAGGCCUCUGUGUAGAAGACUGAGGGGUCACAAAUCAAGCACUGAAACUGCUGCUAAAAGAGGUGUGUCUGUGAAGAAUAGGAGAUACUAUUCAGACACAUCCCCGCGAAUUAGUGUGGCCCUUUCUGCUGAUGAUUGGCGAUACUCUUGUGAUUCUGAAAGCUCAAUAUAUGAGGCAGUUCUUCAUUGCAAAAGAUCCAUUGGUAACGAGAGAAUGAGUUAAGGGAGCUGCAAAAGGGAAGGGAGAAGAUGAAGAUCAAAGAAAAGGGAUUAAACUUAAUCCACUGUCACUGUCACUGUAAAACGUUUUAUACUACGAAGAAAAAAAGAUGACACUUUAUUGUUGUAGCUAAAAGCUUUUACACUUGUUGUGGAAGUUUUAACCAUAUUUUCAGUAGGUGGCAUCUGAUGGUUCACUAAUAUUACAUGCCGGUGGAUUCAAAUCAAAUUUUAGAAAAUAGGGAUAAGAAAGAAUAACAGUCACAUGUGAACUGAAUAUGCAUGAAGCCAAAUUAUCAUCAGCCACUCAUCCUGUCACUAUUCUCUCAUCUGCUUAAAUGGCAAAGGAAAUUUAUUAUAUGUUGUUAGUCAAGCUUUUUGCACUCAAAUCAGUGGAAAAUAAUAAAGACACGGCUCAAUUUUUCUUUCUUCA